AUGACAAUCGCUGAUGAAGACGUUAUAAUGUUGGAAGCGCGAUUAGAACCUGAACCGGGACAGAAUUCUGAUGAGUCUGUACAGAGUUCCUUAGCAAAAUCAAGUAAUCCUAUGAAAGGACUUCACCGCCUAAGAAAUGAACGAAAAGCUCAAAAGGAAGCUUUCGAAAAUGAUAAACGAGAAUUAAAUAAAUCAAAGAUCAAAGAUACUGCUAGAAGAUUCCAAUUUUUACUUGGGCAUUCAGAACUAUUUUCGCAUUUUAUUGAUCUGAAGAAAUCUAAAGACGAAGGAUUUAAAGAACUUGUUGAAGAAACCGAAAAGUUAAAUAAAUCAAAACAAAAUUCCGAUGGCUCUCGUCGGCAUAGAAAAACAGAAAAAGAAGAAGAUAAGGAAUUACUCGAAGAUGUAGAAGAUGAAUCAGAGGAUGUUCCAACUGUCUUUAAUGAAUCACCAAAUUAUAUAAAGAAUGGAACUAUGCGUGAUUACCAACUACAAGGGUUGAAUUGGAUGAUAUCGCUUUUUGAAAAUGGAAUUAACGGUAUCCUAGCCGAUGAAAUGGGUCUCGGCAAGACAUUGCAAACCAUCUCAUUUUUGGGAUAUUUAAAGCAUUAUCGAAAUAUACCCGGUCCUCAUUUAGUUGUUGCUCCCAAAUCAACAUUGAACAAUUGGCAGAAAGAAUUCAAUAUGUGGACACCGGAUUUUCAUAUACUUCUUCUUCAAGGAAAUAAAGAUGAGAGGGCUCAAUUAAUAAAUGAUCGAUUAUUACCUCAAGAUUUCCAAGUUUGCAUAACAUCAUACGAAUUAUGUUUGAUUGAAAAAGCGCAUCUAAAAAAGUUCGCAUUUCAGUAUAUAAUAAUUGAUGAGGCUCAUCGUAUAAAAAAUGAGAAUUCUAUGCUUUCGCAGAUUGUCAGGGUUUUUAAAUCAAGGAAUCGUUUAUUGAUUACCGGAACACCAUUACAAAAUAAUCUUCAUGAGUUGUGGGCUUUGUUAAACUUUCUUUUACCAGAUGUUUUCAGCUCGUCAGAAGAUUUUGAUUCUUGGUUUAGUUCUCAAGGCGGCAAUCAAGACAAUGUCAUUCAGCAACUUCAUAAAGUUUUAAGGCCGUUCCUUUUGCGAAGAAUAAAAUCCGAUGUUGAAAAAUCUCUUCUACCAAAAAAAGAGAUAAAUUUGUAUGUCGGUAUGUCAUCAAUGCAACGUAAAUGGUAUCAGCGAAUCUUGGAGAAAGAUAUUGCUGCUGUUAAUGGUAUUAUUAAUAAAAGUGAAAGCAAGACACGAUUGUUGAAUAUUGUAAUGCAAUUGAGAAAAUGUUGCAAUCAUCCAUAUCUUUUUGACGGUGCAGAGCCUGGUCCUCCUUACACAACUGAUGAACACUUAGUUGAUAAUGCCGGUAAAAUGAUUGUGCUAGAUAAACUUCUAAAACGGUUGAAGGCUCAAGGAUCUCGUGUUCUAUUAUUUAGUCAAAUGAGUCGUGUCCUUGAUAUAUUAGAAGAUUAUUGCAUUUUUCGUGGAUAUGAAUACUGUCGUAUUGACGGACAAACAAAACAAGAUGAGCGUGUCUCUGCAAUUGAUGAAUACAAUGCACCGGGUAGUAGCAAGUUUAUCUUCUUACUUACAACUCGAGCUGGUGGUCUUGGAAUCAAUCUAACUUCCGCCGACAUUGUGAUUCUUUAUGACAGUGAUUGGAAUCCGCAAGUUGAUCUUCAGGCACAGGAUCGUGCUCAUCGUAUUGGGCAAACAAAACAAGUCUACGUAUUCCGUUUUGUAACUGAAAACGCAAUUGAAGAAAAGGUUCUAGAACGAGCAGCACAAAAGUUGCGUUUAGAUCAACUUGUUAUUCAACAAGGACGAUUGGCUCAAACGCAAAAGGCUGCAACCAAGGAAGAACUCUUGACUAUGAUUCAGCAUGGUGCGGAAGGUAUAUUCACUUCAAAUGAUAGUACCGUCACGGAUGAUGACAUUGAUCAAAUUCUCCGCAAAAGCGAAGAAAAAACAGCCGAGCUCUCAACUAAAUAUCAAGGUCUUGGAUUGGAAGAUUUACAAAAUUUUACGUCAGAAUCGGCUUAUCAAUGGCAAGGCGAAGAUUGGAGUAAUAGAAAAAAUGAAUUAGGUCGUUUUAAUUGGAUAGAACCACCUAAACGAGAACGUAAAGUCAAUUAUGCCGUUGAUUCAUAUUAUAGAGAAGCACUUCGUGUUACGACUAAACCAACUCAAGCCAAACCUCCAAAAGCACCGAAACAAAUAACCAUCAAUGAGCAUCAAUUCUACCCUCCACGCUUGGUGGAAUUAUUAAAAAGAGACAUGUACUAUCAACAAAAAUUGGCGGGCUAUAAAGUUCCCUUACCAGAACCGCAAGGAGAUGAUGAUGAUGUUGAAUCACGUGAACAAGAACGUCAGGAAGAACAAGAAAGAAUUGAUAAUGCUGAACCUCUCACUGAAGACGAAGAGUCAGAAAGAGAUAGGUUAAUGAAUGAGAUUUUUGAAGAUUGGAGUAAACGCGACUUCAAUAAUUUUGUGAAUGCAUCUGCAAGAUGGGGAAGAGAUGCAAUUGAAGAAAUUGCCGAAGAAAUGGAAGGCAAAACUGUAAAAGAAGUCAGGGCAUAUGCAGAGGUGUUUUGGGAUCGAUAUCGCGAACUACCUAAUUAUGAAGAAAUAAUUAGUAAGGUAGAACGAGGUGAAGCCAAAUUACAACAAACAGCUGAUAUUCAAGAGUUAAUUAAGUCGAAAGUAAAGUAUUAUCGGCAACCAGGACAUCAGUUGCAAAUUUCAAAUCAAGGCAAAGGAAAAUCAUUAUAUACAGAAGAAGAAGAUAGAUAUUUGUUAAUUGCCUUAGCAAAGUAUGGAUAUGGGACUGAUGAUGUUUAUGAAAAGAUACGUAGUGAUAUUGAAAGUGUAGAUAUGUUCAAGUUUAAUUGGUUUAUAAAAUCAAGGACAACGAGUGAAAUUGCUAGAAGAUGUACUACACUUAUAAAUCUUAUACAAAAAGAAUCUGGAGAUGAAGAGGAACAAGACGAAAGGCCAAAACGAAAAGAAACUCCAUCAAGCAAUGGUACAUCUGUUUCUCACUCUAAACGUCGGCGUUAA